AUGGAAAAACAAUUUAGUCAAAUAGCCCAACAUUUCACCGAAAGACCACAAGGAGCCUUACCGAGUAACACCGAAAUAAACCUAAAAGCCCAAGUAAAUGUAAUCAAAUUAAGAAGCCGGAAGGUAGGACCUGAGAGUGAACCAACCCUACAACAUACCGAUCCAAUCCACGCUAAAACACCCACCGAUAAUAACCAAGAAAAUACUGAACCCAAAAACAUCGACACAACCAAACCACCUCUGGUCCCUUACCCUGUUCGUUUACUUCGACAAAAAAUCGACGAACAAUUCACUAAGUUUGUGAGCUUGCUUAAACAACUCCACAUCAAUCUUACUUUUGUUGAAGUCCUCACUCAAAUGCCAAAAUAUUCCAAGUUCAUGAGAGACUUCCUCACUCACAAAAGGAAGACUGAAACCAUUCAACAAGUCACCCUUAGCGAAGAAUGUUCGGCGGCACUCCUCAACAAGCUCCCCCGAAAGAAGAUUGAUCCCGGAAGCUUCACCAUUCCUUGCUCUAUUGGUAGAUCGCCAAUAAGCAACACACUAGCCGACUUGGGGGCUAGAAUUUAUUUAAUGUCGGCCACUAUGUUCAACCGACUAGGAUUAAGUAAACCACAUCCUACAAAAAUGAGCAUCCAACUUGCAGAUCGGUCGGUAAAAUACCCUCAAGGUGUCAUAGAAAAUUUAUUGGUAACGGUGGGAGAAUUUGUUUUUCCCACCGACUUUGUUAUCCUAGACAUGGAAGAGGACACCGAAAUCCCGCUCAUACUAGGACGACCCUUCCUUGCCACCGCACGAGCUAUGGUGGACAUGAGUGACGGACAACUAACAUUGAGGGUUGGUGAAAAAGAGAUCAAGUUUGAAGUUGGGCAACGAGUAGAGGAUGAACCAGUCGAAUACCUCAACACGAUUGACUCAAGCUUAGAUGAUGCAUUGCAACGAUACAACUCGUGA